AUGGCUGAAGCAAUGGCCACUGUGGACAGUGAGGACCUCUCAGGCUAUUUCAGCAUGCAAUACAGGCAGAAUCUGCUGCUCUUGCUCAAGAAACUCAAACUGACCGAGGAGGACUCUCUGUCUCCAUUUAUUCGCCUCCAGGAGAAGAAGAAAGAAGCCCAAGAGAUGCAAAGGGUUCUGGAGGAAAAGGAAGAGGUGAGAAAGGUGGAAGGGCUCUGGUCACGGCUGGGAUGGCCCACGGCUUUUUGGAGGGUGGCAGUGAGCAUGGACAGCCAAGCCUUGUCCCCUCUGUGCUUCCAGGCCUUCAGGGUGAGGAUGGAGGACAUCACCUGCAGGUGGAAGGAGCUCCGGGCCAAGGAGGCCGAGCUGAAGGCUCACAUGAAGAAAUCUGAGAGGACCCUAAAGGUACAGCUGCCCCUCCUCUGCCCAUCUGACACAACGCUGAGAUGCACGGCCAACUCCUCCCCUCCCCUGGAAAGAAGGACUGAAAAUGAUAAGAUGCGAAUCCAAGCUCUAAAGAAAGCUGGCAAAGAAAGGAAGAUGAAGAUGCAAAAGGAGAGUGAGCUCUUGAGAGCUAAGAAGGAACUGGAAGCCCUGAAAAUUAAGCACCAGAAACUCAGUGACAGAGUGCAGAACUACUCUAUCUUUGAAACCUAUCUGGAGGAUGUGGUGAAGGUCUCACAGUUUGAGGAGAUCCAGGCAAUCAUUUGGCACUACAAGAGGUUAGUGAGGAUGCGCAAAGCCCUUCUGCAAGCAGAACGUGGGCUUAAGGAAGCAAAGCAGAAAGCCAAGGAACUCAGCCAGCAUGAUGAAGAUGAGAGCCUGCAGUACAACAGUGACCUGGAUCAGCUUCAACUGCGUUCUCAUCAGGCUCAAAGGGAUGUUCUCACCAGGGAGUGUCUCUGGGCUGACGUGCAGAAAACAGCUGCCAAGAAAAGCCAGGAGCUGGGGACCAUCAAGAUGGCCAUCCUUGGCCUCUUCCAGCACGUGAGCAAGCAGAUGAAAAGAAGCCUGAAUGUGCCAGUGGAUGACAGCUACACACAGCUGAGCGUGAUUCAACAGUUUAUCCAAGACCUCAUGGACAUCUUAAUGGAAGUGAAAAGAAAGGGCAUACAGAGCCGUUAGCAUGCAGCUAUGCCUAUGGGGCUGCAAGGAAGAUGCCAACUUGACCUGGUCUGCCA